AGGUUUUGUUUAUCUUUCUGGGUUUGUUCCCAUUCAAAUUUUUUUACCUUCUUCAAGUAUGAGCAUAUAAGGUAACGGUGUCUAGUUAGUUUCCUGCCAUUGCUUUUCAUAAUCCUUCAACAAAUAUGCAGUCACUCGAAUUCGGCCUUUGUUAUUUAAGCAGGCAAAUGAUGGUAGUAAUUCAUUCUUUUCUCUGCUUAGAAGUGAUGUGUUACACAUGAGAAUGUGUCCUAUUAUCAUUCUGAUUUCUUCAUAUAUAUCAAGUUUGAUGAGCAACAAAAGGAUUUGGAAAGAGUAGGGAUGUCUGUCUGGUUAUGAAAUGUUUUUGAUAUACCAGAAAAUGCUAAUUCGUUAGUGAUUUAUGUUUUGAUACACAUGAGCUGCCUAUACGACAAUGGACUCAAGAUUAUAAAGAAUUUCUUGAAUCAAUUAUGACAGGAAAUGAUAAAAUCAAGGACCCAUUUAUCAAGGAUUACAGAGAGCACAACGAUGACACCACCGUACACUUUGAAGUUAUUAUGUCCGAGGAGAACUUGAUCAUGGCAAAGCAAGAGGGCUUGCUAAAGAAAUUUAAACUCACCACAACUAUCAGCACAAGCAACAUGCAUCUGUUCGACCCAAAAGGCGUGAUUAAGAAAUAUGAAACCCCUGAACAGAUUCUUGAAUUCCACGAAUCAGAGGUCAUCUGUCAAACUUAGGUAUUUCCCCCCUUCUUCUUCUGAUUCUACCAUUCUGGUUGACCUCCCUAGGAGGGAAAGUGUAGAAAGGUGGGAGGCUUGUUUAGUGGGGCAUUUUUUGGGUAGGAAUCUCAAUUAGUUUUGGGAGGCCUGUCUAGGGUUUUACAAUCAUAUUGAAUUCUUGUUCAGUCGCAGCAAAGCCUGUCUCUCUCUCUCUCUCUCUCUCUCUCUCUCAUGUAUAACAACCCAAGUGAGUUGGUUAGGUGGAUUCUUGGAGUUUCAACUCCAGAAGGUCCCACAUGAAGUGGGCUUGAUUCUAGCUUGAGCUUGAGCACCUUUUUAUUUUCCAAAAAGCUCCAAAUUGCCUUGCUCGAUUAGCCCUCAAGCAGGCUCUAGGUUUGGAUCAAUUGUUGACCUAAUUAGGUCAAUAAUUAUUUUAUUUUU